GUCAACUGGCAAGUCGAUGUCGACAACCCCGAGCAGCAGGCGCUGUACCCGACGUGGCAAGCAUGGAAAAAGACCGUAUAUGCGGUGCAGCAGGAAGACAUCGGCGGUAUACCCAGUCCGCCAGUCUUCAAAGCAUUCAUGAGCACACCGCGCGUCAAAGAACAUUUAUACGGUCGCGACACAACACUCUCCCACAUCUUCACAGACGUCGAUGAUGAAGAGAAAGACCCCUCAGACCUCCUCACCUCGCGCCUCUGCAAACACGCCAUACACCCCGGAAACCCCUGCACAUCAACCGAAAUAUGUCCCCUCUGCCUCAUGAAACAAUGUCUCGCGUCUCUCGAACGUAUCGCACAUGUCUGGCGCAUGGUCGGUGGACCGUAUAGGCCGGGUCGAAACGAAGCGGGGUUGUACAUCGUAGAUCCUGGAGAACUGAUGAUAUACUUUGCGACCAAGAAGUUGUGGAUUGCGGAGAAAGCGAGGUGGGCAAAUCUGGUUGGUAUUUAUGAGCAGUAUGCGGUGGGGGAGAGGGCAUGGGAGGAGGAUUAUAGACGAGAUGGCUUUGAGGUUCCUGGGGCGGUGGAGGCGGCUAGUAGCUGUAUUGAAGCGUUGGAAUUGGCGGGACAGAGCCCGUUUGUAGGGGAGGGGUGGAGUGAGGCUUUCGUGCCGGAGAAGUAUCCGAAGAAGCGCGGUGUGAGAGACGAAUUCAGAGGGAGCUCUGUUAGUGGCGUUGAGCUGCUGUGUUCUCCGCCUGAGAGGCCUGAGAUGGAAUCGAAGAUGUUACGGUACUCUAAGGGGGGUUCAGAUGGGACAGAGGAGGCAGACGACAACACCACAGACCACUACCUCAAAGACCAUUCGGACUCGCCGCCUGCCGACCGCGCAGCCGCCCGAGCGGACUCUCCAACCACCUCUCACCGAAAUACAACCUCCGCCAGUUCAGCCAUCUACACAUCCUCUCCCCUACCGCCGUCCUCUCCGCCUCGAUCUCCGUCCACCCAAUUCGUACCUUCCACUCCCAUGAUCGGCGUAUCCUUCCCGGAUGACCUCCCCUCUCCCUCCACCCGACGGUCGUGGUGCUUCAAUCGCACCUCGCAGUCCUACGAACAAGGCAAACACGCAAGUCCAUACGGUAGCAUCAAGGUCGAUACAAGCUUCGCGAGGAACGCCACAUACGACACGUUUAGUGUCGUCGCAGAAGAAGAGCUGGAAACAUCGUCGGAGGCUCAAGAUGAACCUGUCCAAGCAGCUGGAAAGAUUGGGAAGGAGCGUUUUGCCGGUUUCACGGAUGUGGAUCUAGACUCGGAAGAUGAUGGGAGGGAGAGUGAGUGGAGUGAUGACAAUGAUGAUGGGGAUGGAGAAGAUAAUCUCAUGACGAUUAUGGGUAGGAGAACCGAGGGUGGAAAAAGGCUGCCAGGCCAAACUGCGGAAGUCAAGUUCCGACGACCGGUGUUUACGUUUAGUUGGCCAGGCCGGGGAGAAGUGGACGAAGAGGGCGAUACAGUCUCUGACACUAGUUCGGAUGAGUUUGAUGACGAUGAAGUGGAAGAGGCGAUGCGAGAUAUGCAGCCUGAGGCAUUGUAUCCUCCGUAAAAGAUGAUGAGCUUUCAAUAUGGUGCAAGUGCCGAAAGGGUUAUGGCGCAACAUAUGUCCCGCAGAAGAUAGCAUCUUCCGCCAGCCAAAAGCGACCGAACAGUGGAAGGGUGGAUCAUGGGCUCCGUAUGCCAACUCAUGACCGGGCAGGUUGUUUCGAUGGUGCUAUCGAUGUGAGAGGUUACGGGGACUCCCAACGAAGACAGAGAGAGAUUCUACAAGGCCACACUACCUAGGUAUGUAAGUUGCGAAGUGGAUUGUGGGAGCUGAGGAAGCUGUCGUUAUCAUGAUCAAUAGAUAAGAGACGCCAUAUAACGAUCGAAGAGAGUGUGCCCAGGUGGCAUGCUUCGCGCACGGGACAAUGGAGGUGUGAUGCAAGAG